AAAGGUACAAAUCUGCAAAUCCAAAUAUAAAAGUGGUGUUGGAACACUUCACCCCGGGGAACUGGGGAAGGAUAUUUUCUUCUUUUUUGGUGGUUCUAGUUGUUAAGGGAAGAUAUUGUAACCAUGAAUGUUGAAGAAGAGGUUCAGCGUCUCAGCCAAGAAAUCAAGAGGCUUGGUAAGGUCCAAGCAGAUGGUUCUUACAAGGUAACAUUUGGAACACUAUUUAACGAUGAUGAAUGCGCAAAUAUAUUUGAAGCACUUGUUGGAACACUAAGAGCAGCGAAAAAGCGUAAAGUACUGACAUACGAGGGUGAGCUACUGCUGCAAGGAGUCCAUGAUAAUGUGGAAAUCACUCUUAAUCCUGCCCCUGCUGAAGCAGCCGCAGCAGCUGCCAACUGAUACAAUGGUUGCAUGCCACACUGUAUCCUGUGCAACUUGAACCACCAACUAGUUUUUAUGAUCCGUGUAAUACUAUUGUAUUAUGCAUGAAUAUUUAAUAUAUAUAUGUGUGUGUGUGUGUGUGUGUGAAGACUUCAGAAUUUAUCUCCUCGUGUCACCAUUUGGUUUGAGGUAAAUGUUAAAGUAUGAACCAGGAUUCCUGAGUUGAGGUUUUUAUGAAUCGUUUUUUCAUUGAGUAAAAGCAAUUACCUUUGUUUUAUUCUCA